AUAUAGAGCCAGUGAAGUAUGUGAAGCAAACGCAGCCAAAAGCCAUUCAGUCUAUGCAGCUUGGUCUAAUUCAUCGGGGGGGUCAACUCCUGAGGAGCGGAUGAAGAAACAAAUUUUGCUUAUAUUCACAUUCAGAGGGAUAGUGAGCAAAGGCAAAAAGGGGAAAAAAAGAAAAUGGCCAAUUUCAUAUUAAGGACGGCCCAACCAAAGGAUGUAUGUGAUAUCUUGCGACUCAUAAAGGAACUUGCAAAAUUUGAGGAGAUGGAGGAACAGGUCAUCCUAACCGAGAAAGAGCUACUUGAAGAUGGUUUUGGAGAUCAUCCCUUCUACCACUGCUUGGUGGCUGAGGUGCCAACAGAAACGAAAACAGCGGAAGGGUACACUGUAAUCGCCUUCGCCAUGUACUACUUCACCUACGACCCUUGGAUUGGAAAGCUGCUGUACCUGGAGGACUUUUAUGUUAUGCCAGAGUUUCAGGGGUUUGGCAUCGGCUCACAGAUUCUGAAGGUCUUGAGUGAGACGGCAGUGAGGACUCGAUGCAGCAGCAUGCACUUCAUUGUAGCAGAAAACAACACCAAAUCUAUUGAAUUCUACAAGAGAAGGGGGGCGGCUGACCUUUCAUCCGAGGAAGGCUGGCGCCUGUUUGCCAUUGACAAGGAGGAGCUGUUGAAAAUGAACACAAAAUAAAUGACAAAACAAAUACAAAUAAAACAAACAGAGGAAAGUGAAUCCAUUGCAUUUAAUUGAAAGUUUACAUUAAACUGUAUUAUAAAACAGUAAUUCAACAAAUAUAAUGUAAAUCUUGUGA